AUGAUCUCGACUGCGGCAACUCGAGGAUUCGCUACGUCUGGUUACAAACGUGCUAAAGCUAUUCGUGUCAAGAAAAGUGAGUCUCGUCGCGUUGUUACGAAAGCACCUAAAGCUGCUACCAAUGCACUCACAGAAGUGCCUACUUCACUACCGCCUUUCGUACAUUCAGAACAACAGACGACUCCACAGACAUUUGGUGGUAUAAUGAAAGAGAGUUUCUUGUGGGGUCUGGGCAUGGCAGUCGCAUUUUCAUUUGUUGGGAUUAUUUUCAGUCGUAUGGAAGAAGAGUCGACGAUGCCAAACAAGUUUCAGGAAAGUUUUGUCGUGUCAGCAAACGGUCAGAACCCGCAUGAAGAUCAAUCGAAGCAGUUAUUUGUAGACAAAUAA